GCGAGGACUCGGAGUUGAUUUGCACGAUUGUAGAAGAGGAUGCUGAUGCCGCUUCAGCGGUACUCGCGUAUCGAGGAUAGAAGCACAUACGGUCUUCCGGACAGCAAUUAUCAGAAUCGGCAUCGUUCUGACGCACGACGCCCGUAGCGUCACGGCGUCAAGCGGAUCCGCCCUGAAACGCUCUCUGACUAGUUUGUCGGUAGACCCCACGUGGCUCAGGAAGCAGCGCGCGAGGUGAUGUUGCUGGAGUCGCGAGGCCUCGCCGGUAGGAAGAGAAACGGACUGACACUGACCUCGUUCGGCGACGGUGGCGGCGGGGGGGGGGGGGGGGGGGGGGGGGGGGGGGGGGAGGAGGACGACGAGGAAUCUCGACAUCACCUCUACCUGGGCAGGAAGAUGCAGGGCGAGGGCACCGCCACCUCCGCGGUACCUACCGGGCUAUCCGGGUGUGCCGGCGAUGACGGUGACGAGAGCUCGAGCCCGUCGCCGAACAGCAGUCUCCUGAAUAAUCUCAAUAACAAUUGUAACUCAAAUCGUCAAUGCGCAACCGACUUCAGCAUCGCUGCGAUCAUGGCGCGAGACUCGCGUCAGCAGCAGCAGCAGCAGCAGCAGCAACAGCAGCAGCAACAGCAGCAGCAGCAACAGCAGCAGCAGCAGCAGCAGCAGCAGCAGCAACCGCAACAACCGCACCAUCAUAAACAUUCGCAACAGCAGGCCGUCGGAGGUGGAAAGUUGCAUCAACACGAAAGGGAAGCCAGCGGUUCUGGGGUCGCUCGAGGUGCCCCGCCAGUCUCGGAGACGAUCAAUCCGGAGGACGAACCGGAAACGGACGAUACCGGAAGCACGAGUGGUAACGGCGUUUCGCCGGUGACGAAUCCUCUGCUCCAAGAACGCUCGAAUUGCGAGGAGCUCAGGCACGUGGUGUGCCAUCUCGAAACCAAGGAUCUCUGGGAUAAAUUCAACGAGCUCGGCACGGAGAUGAUCAUCACAAAGACUGGCAGGCGGAUGUUUCCGACGUGUCGUGUCUCAUUCAACGGGUUGAAGGCGGACAGUCGAUACGCGGUCCUGAUGGAUAUUGUACCGGUCGACAACAAAAGGUAUCGGUACGCAUAUCACAGGAGCUGCUGGUUGGUGGCCGGAAAGGCGGAUCCGCCGGCGCCAGCUCGACUCUACGUCCAUCCGGAUUCACCUUUCACGGGCGAGCAACUCCGAAAGCAGGUCGUCUCCUUCGAGAAAGUCAAGCUCACUAACAACGACAUGGACAGGCAUGGGCACCUGGUGCUGAAUUCCAUGCACAAGUACCAACCGAGGAUCCACCUGGUGAAGCGACCAGACUCGGGCACGACGAAGCCGAUCAUGGACCUCGAGAAGGAGCCGCACAAGACCUUCAUAUUCCCGGAGGCCAUAUUCACCGCUGUCACCGCCUAUCAGAAUCAGCUCAUCACGAAGCUCAAGAUCGACAGUAAUCCGUUCGCCAAGGGCUUUCGGGAUUCUUCUCGUCUCACGGACUUCGAAAGGGAGACGAUGGAAUCGAUGCUGGCAGAACAGCAAACGUUGAGGUUUCCGCAUCGGCUUCCCUUCGAAAUGGAGCAACUCCAGACAGGCGCCGUGAACAAUCUCAGUCUCGAGGAGAAAGCGUUGUGGGCUGCGCGUUCUCAGAUGCUGCUGAGAGCAGCGCAGCAGCAACAUCAACAGCAACAACAACUUGGUCAUUUAUGGUGGGCCUCUUCGAUUGGAUCUACUAUCUUUGCAGCGGCACAUCAUCAACAGCAGCUGGUCGCGUCCAGUUCCCAGCAGAAUGCAACAGGCCCCGCGGCCCCUCGACCACUCUAUCCGUCGCCUCUUGCCUUGGGUCACAACCGAUUUUCGCCCUACCACACGACUGUCCCCAAGUCCUCAACGCCGGCUGCGCCGUCGCCGUCGCCGUCCAGAAGGGCCACGCCGUCGCCUACAGAUAGUCUCAGCAGGGAGGCCCAAGACCUUUCGCCCUCGUAGUCUCUCGUGGCUUCAUUAGGAAAACAAUGAUCGCGA